GGCGUGAUUGACGCGGCGCCAGCCAAAGGCGGCGCAGCAUCGUUUCCGCGCGCUGUUUGGGACGGUUACGGGGCGCCGAGCCGCGGUGGCGGCUGAGGAGUGAAGAUGGCCGGCGGCGGCGGAGGAGGAGCAGGAGGCGGCUGUUUCUACCCGCGAACGACGAACCCAAACCUCGAGUCCCCACCUCUCCUCAGCCUGAGGCGAAGGUCGAAACAGCAAGGGCCGGAGGAAGCGGUGACCCUUGAGCGAGUCUUGGGAAUAACUGCUCAGACCAGCAAUGGCUUAACUUGUGACCCAAACUCAGGACAGGUUGCGUAUCCAACAGGAUGUGUGGUGGUGAUUUUCAGUCCUCAGAAGAACAAGCAAAAGCACAUCUUUAAUACGGCCAGGAAAACCGUGAGCGCUUUGUCUUUCUCUCCUGAUGGGAAAUACAUGGCCACCGGAGAGAACGGGCAUCAGCCAGCCGUCCGAGUCUGGGAUGUAGAGGAGAAGACCCAAGUAUCUGAACUUCAUGGCCACAAGCACGGCGUGGCCUGCGUGGACUUCUCUCCCAGUAUGAAAUACCUCGUGUCAGUCGGGUAUCCUCAUGACAUGAAAGUGAACGUGUGGGAUUGGAAGAGUGAUACCCUCAUUGCAUCCAACAAAGCCUCCUGCAAAAUUAUGGCCAUCUCCUUCUCAGAGGACAGCUAUUUUGUGACAGUCGGGCACCGCCACGUCAAGUUCUGGUUUUUGGAUGGCUCCAGAGAGGUUAAGAUCAAGGAGACGGUUCCACUGGUGGGUCGCUCCGGACUCCUCGGGGAGCUCCACAACAACACCUUCUGCGACGUGGCGUGUGGCCAGGGCAAAAUGGCCGGCAGCACCUUCUGCAUUUCGCACUCGGGGCUCCUUUGCCUCUUCAACGAGAAGCGCGUCCUGGAGAAAUGGAUCGAUCUGAAGGUGACGCUGGCCAAUUGCAUUUGUGUCAGCGAAGAAUUUAUUUUCUGCGGCUGUGCCAAUGGAACCGUGCGCCUCUUCCAAGCACACAACUUGCACUACCUCUCGGAUUUGCCCAAGCCGCACCACCUGGGCACCGAUGUGGCUACAGAGCCCAUCCUGAGAAGGCCGGAUGCCUCCUUCCCAGACGCGAUUGCUGUCGUCUUCGACCCUCGCCGUCACUGGCUCUCCUGCGUGUACAAGGAUCACAGCGUCUACGUUUGGGAUGUGAAGGACAUCGGCCACAUCAGGAAAGUGUGGUCUGACCUUUUCCACAGCUCCUUCGUCUGGAACGUGGAGGUGUACCCUGAGUUUGAAGGCCACCAAGGCUGUUUGCCCCCCGGAUCCUUUCUAACGUGUUCCUCAGACAGCACUAUACGGUUCUGGAACCUGGAAAGCAACAACACGCGUGGGCCUUUCAAGAGGAACGUCUACAGCGACAACCUGCUGAAGGUUGUGUACGUGGAAAAGGGCACCCAGUAUUUGCAAGACUCGACGAAUUUGCUGGAGCGAAACGACAACGUUGGCUACCUUGAUGUAAAAUCCGGCGUCCGAGUGAUGCAGAUCAGCCCUGAUGGUCAGCACUUGGCCUCUGGGGACAGAACCGGGAAUCUGAGGAUACAUGAGCUAAAAUUCAUGGCAGAAGUGAUGAAAUUUGAGGCCCACGAUUCGGAAGUCCUCUGCUUAGAAUAUUCCAAGCCAGAAACAGGCCUUGCGCUCUUGGCCUCAGCCAGUCGAGAUCGGCUGAUUCACGUUCUGAACGUGGGAAGCGAUUAUAAGCUAGAGCAGACAUUGGAUGACCAUUCCUCAGCUAUCACAGCGGUCAAAUUCACUGGAAAUAAGGGCAUUCAGAUGAUUAGCUGUGGAGCUGACAAAAGCAUCUAUUUUCGCAGCGCGCAAAAGGUCGGAGGCGGAAUUAAUUUUAUCCGGUCUCACCACGUUGCUGAGAAGACCACUCUGUAUGACAUGGAUGUGGAUAUAACUCAGAAGUACGUCGCUGUGGCCUGCCAGGACAGGAAUGUCAGGAUCUACAACACGGUCAGCGGGAAGCAGAAGGGCUACUACAAAGGGGCCCACAGUGACGACGGAUCCCUGCUCAAGGUCCAGUUUGAUCCUUCUGGAACAUUCCUGGCCACUAGUUGCUCAGAUAAAAGCAUUUCCAUCAUCGACUUCCAUUCUGGAGAAUGUGUGGCCAAAAUGUUUGGGCACUCAGAAGUCAUCACGGGGAUGAAAUUUACCUUCGACUGCAAACAUCUGAUCACCGUCUCGGGAGACAGUUGCAUCUUUGUGUGGCGCCUGAGCCCGGCCAUUACCGCUUGCAUGAAGCAGCACUUGAGGGAACUGGAACAGAUCCAGGAGCAGCAGAAGGUCGGGGACUCUGCGUGGCCUCCCCAGGUCAGGGUGGGAAUGUUCGAAAGGGUCUCCCGCCGGGACAUGGUUGAGUCAGACCUGGAGGAGGAGGAGGAGGAAGAGGAGGAAGAGGAAGAAUUAGCUCUGCAGACGCCAGUUAAAGGCGACCUUGACCCAGCUCCUGUUUAUGUCCUGUCCAAUGGCAAACUGCCCAUGUGGGCAAAGAGACUGCUGGGCGAAGCCGACCAUUCGGAGAGCAGCGCCUUUCCCUCCAGGGUGAGCUACCAGCCCCAGGGCCGCUGGGCUGAGCGAGCCGACAAGGAGCCCAUCAAAACCAUCCUGGAGGCCGACUUGAGCUACUUCACCCCCAUUCAGAACUGCAGCGUGGCUGAGGCGGACAUGGACCGGCUGGGUUUGGAGGCUGAGAAUUCUCCCAGCAACAUCACCAAAGACUUCAAGCAACCAAAUCUGUCUUCUGACGAGGACACCGCUCAGGAGCUGGAGGGCAGCGGGACCACCCUCUACAUCUCCCAAGCAGAAAGCAGCUCUUCCUUCGGGGACAGAUCACUCCAUCAGCCUCUGUUUGAGGAGGAAGCUUCGAGCCCCAAAGACAAGGUGACUGAGAUAAACUGCUCUGGGGCUCCCUUGGAUGCUGAUCUACCUGUUUCUGGGCACCAGCAUGAAGGUAAGAACCCUGGAGGGACCUCAUGGAUUCUUCUCCAGCUUGUAUUGCAUCGACCGGGUUCUUUUCGUGGCACGGCCGGCCGCUGGUGCUAGAACUCCUGUAAUGUCCAACCCAGCUCCAAAGAGCAAUCUGGUGCCUUCUAGGUGU